CGCACGCACACACACACACACACACACACACACACACACACACACACACACACACACACACACACAUGCAUUCCAGCAGUGACUCUCUGUUGUGGUCGCCUCGCUUCUAAAAACGGACGUGCUUUUUGGAUUUAGCUGCCGGUGCCUCCGAUCCACGGCGGCGUGAGGAGCUGCUGCUGUCCGCCGCAAGAUAACUGGAGUUGACCAGUGAUACAGAGAUGUCAAUCCCUUCCAGUUAGCGACAACUGCAAUCAUGAGGAUAUAAAGGAGAGUCUGCAGCUCUCCUUCCAGGGACAGUCUCCUGCUGCCCUUCUCUGGUCACAGGCCUGCCUGGCAGCUCUCAUCCAUACCAUUCCUCUUUCCAACCACCCAUCCUUCCCCCCCUGUCAUGAAAGGCCUGUCCGGUAGUCGGAGUCACCAUCACGUGGUCUCCUAUGAACCAUCAUAUGAUCUACUGGGUCACCAUGUUGACCGCAAGCCAUAUUUAAUCAGUCAGAAUGACAUGCCUGUGCCCAUUCCCAUGCCGCAUCAAGCUGAGCUGUCCUACUACAACGCUCAGCGAACCCCGUACCCCUCUGAAAGCAACAGCAUCGUCCCAUACGGAACCUUCCCAAGGAGGUGCCACUCCACCUCCUCAUCCCACCAUCCUGAGGUAAAGGAUGAGUGUAUGGCCAUGGUACCAUAUAUAGUUGGAGGAGGGGGAGGAGGAGGAGGUGGAGGGGGCUAUGGGGGCAAAACGCCCACCCGGGUACCAGAGCCGUUUGAGCGCCAGCCAUCGUUCCCCAGAGAUGGCUACCACACACUGCAGUACAAACGAGGAGUGCUGGCCCACAGUGGGGGUGUGGGGGCGCAACACAACAACAAUGACAGCCCAGGCAGAAUUCGUCACCUGGUCCACUCAGUCCAAAAACUCUUCACAAAGUCACAUUCGCUGGAAGGGCCGCACCACCCACAAAACUCCAAGGGGGCCAAUAACGGGAGCGUUAAUGGUAGUGGUGGUGGAGGAGGAGGUGGUGGUGGUGGCUCAAGGGCCAACCCGGAGGGUGAGAUCCCACCAGUGGGAGUGCGCCAGCGGAAGCGCAGCAAGAGCCGCGAGCGCUGUCGGUCAGCGGAGCCCAAGCAUCGAAGCCACCACCACCCCCACCACCAGCUCCACGGCUCAGCGUCUGCUCCGGGCUCCGGGUAUUGGAGCUCAGACGACAACCUGGAACGGGAGCUGAGUCUCUACCACCCUCACCACCACCAACCUCCGCCAUCACCCUCACCCUCCAUUUCCCCCUCGCCCAUCGCCAUGACAAUGGGCCGGUACCCCGGCAACAGCCAGGACAAGUUCCCCCAGAUCCCCCUCUCCUCUUCGCAGUCCCAGCAAUACUUCAUGAUGGACCCUUACGGCACCCUCAACGAGCACACACACACUCAUGCCCACACCCACGCACACCAUGGCCACACGCACCACCACUCUGCACUCAAAGUCUCCCGGAGCAACAACGAUGUGAAGUACGCGGCGUCGUCGGCAUGUGUGCCAGUUAGUGGCAGCAGCAAAAUCAGCGGUGGCGGUGUCGUUGGAGGAAGUGGCCCCUUGCUGUCUCUGGGUCUUGUGGACGGGCCCCUUGUGAAGAAAGGGGCAUGGUCGUCAAGCCUAACGGUGAGCAGGGCCAGAGAGGUCUACACCAACAACAGCAGCCACAACCAGCCUCGAGCCAGCGCAGGAGCCAGUAACCUAAACCUAGAUAGAGCUCUAGUCAAAUCUAAGGGCAGUCAGCUGCAGGAGCGCUCUUGCCAUUUCUUACAGGUGCCUCAGGACGAGUGGAGCGGCUUCUCCCCGCUGGGGAAGGAGGACGACAUCCCCUGUCGGAGGAUGAGGAGCGGCAGCUACGUCAAAGCCAUGGCCGAGGAGGACAGCGGGGACUCGGACGGGAGUCCCAAACCCUCCCCCAAGAUGCAGGCCCGCCGGGCCAGCUACCUGAAGGCCACGCAGCCGUCGCUGACUGAGAUGACCACUCUACAGAUCUCCUCGGAGCACUCGCCCAAACUGCAGAUCAGAAGCCACAGUUACCUGCGUGCGGUGAGUGAGGUUUCGAUCAAUAGAAGCCUGGAUACCCUGGAUCCCAAAACCCUCCUCGACCCCAAAUCGCUGCUGUCCUCACCCCAAUACCGCUCACGCAAUGAAAGCUACAUGAGGGCCAUGAGUACCAUCAGUCAGCUGAGUGAGUUGGAGGUGAACGGGCAGAUCGAGCAGGUGUGUGAGCAGGUCUACAGCGCGAUGCAGGCCCAGGCCAUGGAGGCUGCAAUAGACAGCAUGGAAACCAUGGACACGCUGCCAAUGCCCGGGUGCUUCCGGAUGCGCAGCCACAGCUACGUGCGCGCCAUUGACCAGGGCUGCUCGGGGGACGAGGAAGGAGAGGGAGGGAGGCCGCUGCUCCUGCUGCCGUCCUCCCCACCACGCACAUCGGCCACCACCGUCAGGACCAUCCAGAGCAGCACAGUUUCAUCUUGCAUCACCACCUACAAGAAAACCCCUCCUCCUGUGCCGCCCCGAACUUCCACCUGCUCCACAGCGUCCAAGCCCUACAUCUCCAUCACAGCCCAGAGCAGCACAGAGUCUGCACAGGAUGCAUACAUGGAAGAGGAGGGACCCAGAGGUGACAUGACCAUCCAAUCGGGGCUCAGCAACUCUACGGAAAGCAUCGACAGCAUGAAGGCGCUGACAGCCGCCAUCGAGGCGGCUAACGCACAGGUUCAUGGACCAGCAAGUCAGCAUGUCAGUAACAGCGCCAUGACAGUUUGCACCCCCACCCCCUCAGUCCACAGCAGGGGGGCUGUUAUUGAAGACCACCGGGACGUAUAUAGGAAGGAAGCACUUAGGAAGGGCAAAUGUCUCUCCAUCGGCAUCCAGGUGGAUGGACCAGAGGAGGUUCCAGAUCCCGAGGACCCAUCCAAGUUUACCUCUAUAGGGGUGCAAGUGGAGGAUGACAGAGGGUAUCGUCGCUUCCAGCGUUCCAACAGUGUGACAACAGCUGUGCAGGCAGACAUGGACAUACCGGACGCGAUGGACACCCCUUUAGACUCCCCAGACACCGACAUGGAGGUUCUGUCAUCUGGUGCCCUCUCUCGACAAUACUCCCGUGAUGCUGCCACCUCUACUGUCAGCAUCCAGGGCUCAGGGAACCACUACCACGCCUGUGCCUCCGAUGACUACGAUGAUGUGGGCUUUGACCCGUCCAUCCUCCCCCCUCCAGAUCCGUGGAUAGACAGUGUAACGGAUGACUCACUGGAUGUCAACUUCAACAGCUCGGCUAUUCUGGAGGUGGUUCAGCGGUCAGUGUGUCACAGAGAUGGACGCUGGUUUCUGAAGUUGCUGCAGGCAGAGACUGACCGCAUGGAGGGCUGGUGUCGACAGAUGGAGCUUGACCAACAGGACAACGACCUUCCUGAUGAUGUCCUCGGGAAGAUGAGGAGUGCUGUAGGAAGUGCUCAGCUUCUGAUGUCCCAGAAGUUCCAACAGUUCAGGGAGCUGUGCGAGGAGAAUUUGAACCCCAACGCCCACCCCCGCCCUGUGGCAUCCGACCUGGCUGGCUUUUGGGAUAUGCUACAGCUGUCGAUCGAGAACAUAAGCCUCAAGUUUGAUGAGCUUCACCAGAUCAGAGCCAACAACUGGCGACCCCUGGAUCCCCCAGAACGAAAGGAGAGGAGGCUCCCACCUCCAGUGCCAAAAAAGCCACCCAAGGCCCCCCACCACCACCCCCCUCUGGCCAGAGACCGCUCGUUGGAGAGCUCGGAGAAACAGCGGCAGGAGGCCAGGAGGCGACUCAUGGCCGCCAAGAGGGCAGCAUCCGUCCGGCAAAACUCGGCCACGGAGAGCGCCGACAGCAUCGAGAUUUACAUCCCCGAGGCUCAGACAAGGCUAUGAGGACACGCAGUACACGGGGAAACACUGCGCUAUACCAACACAGAGAUGUAUGCUCGUCCACGCCAAGGUGUACGGGUGUAACCAAAUCCCAGUCCUUGUACUUUUUGGAGUGAUUUUCUUCCAGGUUAUAACGAAUCAGAACACAGACCUCAUACACCUGUUAGAGAAAGUUAAUUCAGCUGAUCCUAUCUCUAAUAUUAAGUAGGAGUUCCUUAUUAAUUCAUCAGAUCUCGUCUCAUAAUCAUCAGAUCCAGAAUUUUAUUUAUGAUUGGUUUCAAAAAUACGUCAGAUGGUUGUUUUUAUUUCUUAAUCACAUAUCAAUGAGUGGAGACAGGUGGCUCAAAUGUGUGUUAAGAGCACAAAAAAAAGUAAUUUAUUUAAAUCUUAAUUUCUUCCCAUCACACACACAAUCAUGCAUUAAGGCCCAAUGGUCCCAACCCUCAAGAUAUUAUUGGUAAAGUAACCAGAUAAACUACUGAUACUUUUGCUCAUUAUAGACCCAAAACAGCAGCAGUUCUCCUCAAAUAAAUAAAUGUGUUUCAGAGGUGUUUUUACUCAAAUUCAGGUAAUUUAUGAACUUAAUAAACGCCAUAAACAGAAGCUACUCAGCAAACCUAAACCAAACCAAGUCCACCUAAGAACAACGUGACCCUACACAGGAAGUUUAUAUGGAAAGACACUGCGUGUACACGUCCCAAACUCACCCACCCGGGACGUGUGCUGCAGGGCUCCCCCCUCCCAGGAACUGGUCUGACUUGGGUUGGAUGUUUUAUCUCUGGGUCCUUCGGUUGUGUUACACAUCUACACGUAGGGGAUGGACAAUCGGACACAGACACACAGAGAAACACACAAUCAUCAACAUUGUCAUACGAAAACACUUGAAUUGCAAACUGGUUCUCACUCACAGGGCACGUGGAGCAACAGAGAGGAGGAGGAGAGGCCGCCAUGAUCACUGUUGAUCCUUCAUCUCUCACCCCGUCCCAUCAGUUAUUUAUUGGACUUCAUGUAAUGAUUAGCUGCAGUGUUCUUCCUCUAUAGUGAACCCUCUUAAUAACAGGGAUGAUAUUUUAAAGGAAAUUUGAUUUAUUUAAUUAACUUUUUACCCACCAGUCGAGUAGGAAGCCCAUUUCACCUCAAAUAGGAGUUACAACUUCUUAAAAGCGCUGAUUCCUUUGAUUUGUUUCCAAACCCUCUGAUGUCUGGUGAGGAUUCACCCUCUGGGUUUUAGCAAUUCAGCUUUUGAUGACCAAAACUAUUUUAAAAAGUUGUAAAUAACAUAGUUUUCUUUUAACUCUGUAACAUGGAAAGCCAUCAAGGGAAUUAUAAAGUGCUGAAACUGUCGCCAUGUUUAAUAAUGUUAGGAAAUGAAUUGGUUUGGGUCUGUGUGCGAUCUCCAACUUCACAUGUGAUCUUCAAGUCCGUUCUCCUUGGAUAUUUGAGAUAAUUUGUAUUUUACAGGGUACAUUACAAGCAAUAUUUAGUUGAGAUUGUGGGCUUCAUUGAAAUGUAACACAAUACCCUAUAAUUAAGGGGACAGAAUAAGGCUCUAUUAAAUGUGCAUUGCGGUUUUAUUAUUAUCAUGGCUUCAUUAGACAGAUUCAGUAGUUGUUUAGACGGGCUCCAUGCCAUUUGCUCCAUGCCAUUUUAGAGACAGGAACAGAAAUGACAAUACGGCUGGCUAUAAAUAUUCUAAAAUCUUCUGUUUUUCGACUUCUGAAGAGGUGCAUUAGGCUGAACAGAGUAGUGAAUAUGAAAGGUAGAGUUUUCUUCUAAAACAUAAAUGCAUUGAUUUGUUUAAACUGUUACAAGCAACCUGUACAGACCUAUGUGACGGCCAUUAUAGGUAUUUUUUUUAUUACAGAGGAGUAAUCUCCCCGGAUCUAAAACAUAGUUGUUGUUCCCUACAAAAGCUCUAAUGCACCAUGAUAGACUUGUUAUAUAAAUAUAUACAGUAUCUGUGGUAUAUUUUAUUAAUUUUCUUACAUUUAGUAAUCGUAGCUGUGACAAUACAAUACAAAAAAGAAAUCUAAAGUUGAAAUGUAUUUUUACUUUAAAUUCACCUUUUACCUGGCUAUCCAGCCAGGCCAGUUAUGUCAUUUUUAUAUUGCCAUGGCUAGCAUAGCAAGCUAAACAUAGCUAAUAGUAGAGCAUUGCUUUUGUAGCUGUAAAACAAUAUGUACAUUAAUAAUAUUCUUGAUACUGCAACGUAAAAAUGAAAUCCAGUCUUCGUCAUUUCUGCUCCUGUCAAUUUAAAAGGACUACACGUUAGUCCGUCUACCCUUUUUCCUGACCCCUGAUGAGCCACUAAAGAGUUGCGUCUUCUGCGCCCCCAUCUGUGUCAAGUCUCAGGAAAUAUCCCCGAAGAUGUCACAAGGAUGGCACUUAUCUCACGUUUGGGCUUGGAGAGUUCAAAUUUAGACCCGAAAUUGUUACUAAGUGGAGGCGUGGAGUGAGAAUGCUGUAGGUUUUUCUUCCAGCACAAAGGGUAUUCACAAAAUGAACAUUUGAGUUGCAUUAUGGGAAAUAUAGGCUCCAUUAGUUUGGAACUUGAUCCCCCCCCCCCCCCAGCAUAAAUGUUUGGAUACCUCAGAUGCUUCCAAUUGGACCGCUCCUUUUCAGUCCGUCUCCUAAGAGUCCCACAACUUAAUACAUUAAGCCCAAACACAAACAUAGGCAAGAAGCUAUUAAAAGCACAGCCAGUGUAUGAUUAACUCUGGACAUGUUGUAGACAUUGUUGACGGAUGUGGUCAUGGACGCUUGCUGAUGAGGGUUCUAAAAUGCCACAAGAAGACAUUCCAUUUCAUUCUCCAAAGGGUAAACACACCUGACUUCAACAGACACACAGUAACACAAGAUGAGUUUUUUUGGGCCACUUCAUGUUGUUUAGCUGUGAUAACGCCAUUUGUACUACUACUUAUGCCAACAUUUAUUGUGACAACCUCUUAUAUAACUGCCAUUCAUCUCUCCAGAGCAACACUGGAAGUCAGAUGCAGGAUUCACAGGAUUUGAUCGUACGCUGAUGAUGACCUGUUGUUAAUGAAAGUAUUCAGUAUUUAUAUUCUUCUUUUUAAAGAUCAGUUGUGUGUGUGUGUGUGUGUGUGUGUGUGGGUACGUGUGUGUGUUUGUCAUUUUGUACAGGAUCUAAUUACCUCUGUGUUUAAACAAUGAUGACGGUGACAAUGACCGUGAGCCAUAUUCAAUGUGAAAUACCCUUCUUAUCAAGAGGAAAGGGCCAUACAAAUGCUGAAAGAUUUCUUUAUUUUGUUUCUUUGGGCACUUACUGAAUCAUUUAUUUUGUGUUCCAGUAGCAAGCUUACUGUCUGUGUGUUUGGGAGGAACAGUAGAGCAGGAACAACAUCACACGGGCCGAGGGAAAUGGGAAGAUAUGCACAUUGGGAACCUUUGGUGGAUAUUAGAAGCUUCUCAGAUCAAAGUGUUGAUGACUUUUAGACACAAUGACAAAACAUUAGAAUAGAGGCACGGCCUCAUGGUCUGCCAUUUAAUGUCUGAACCUGAAGAUGGUGUAUCAAAACUGACAGGGAAACCAGAUGGAAUCUGUGAAAGAUCUGGGUAGCCAAUAUUGAAACAACAACUGUUUUUAAAUUUUCAAUUUGUUUGCAUCUGAGCAAUUACAUUAAAACUGCACUUAAAGAAUUCAAAUGUUAUGUUUGAAAAUGCACAAUUAAGAAAGGUCAACACAACUUGAAUUCAAAAAAUGGAAUGAAACUAAAAUUGGGAGAAACUGUCUUACCGAAACAUAAGAGUAAAACGGCAAAAUGGAUUUUAGUUUGCUUUAGUUAUGUUUUAUUUGUACUAUAAAAACUGCAUUGAAAAAAGCAAAGGAAAUAAAAUAAUAUACAUUUUUUAAACCACCAUGUAAAACAUAACUAAAGGAAAAUAGAAGACAAGCCAAAUCAUUCAAUUCGAAAGUAAUAAUCAAAAUGUGUUGAGAUGUGUGUGGGAAACGUGGAAAUCCAUUCACAGAACAUAGAAGCAUCACGUUCUCUUUCCUGCAUCAGGAGUUUCCUAUGUCAUGAAAUUUGACUUUUUAAUAAUAUGAAACACUUCAAGUGGAGUUAUUCAUAUCAAUUAAUCAUAUUGAUAUAAUCAGCAACCAAAACCUGAUUGGAUGCCAGUUUCACACCACCAUGAUUUCAAUGGAAUUACAUUCCCAUUUUAAAUGCAACCUUUAUACAUGCCACGUCUAAACGAUUAAUAACAUUGUAUUACAAUUUGGUCACAUGAUGCACAAAAACAUUUUAAAAUAAAAACAUUUUAUUUUAUCCUUUGGCAGUUUUGGCCUUUCACAGGGGACAACCUUGGAUGUAAUGCUGCUGCUUUUCCUCAGGAAGAGAUGGGAAAUGUGGUCUAUAAAAUCAGGGUCUCCCAGACAUGUUGGUCUGUUUUUCAAACUGAGUGUGCGGGUGUGUGCAAGUGUCUAUGUGUUAUAACGUUUGUAUGCAGUCCAUUUGUAAAUAUAACCAUUAUGGAAGAUGCACCGUGUGUGUGUGUGUGUGUGAGGUCUCUUUAAAGUGCUUCCUGAGUACCUUGUUUUCUAUGUUGGGCCUUUCCUCAGUACGGUCUAGUAGCCUCAUCGACUCAUUCUGUACAUUAACUCUCCACUCGUGUUUGUACAGCAAUCGUUUGAGGGUAUUUCAUGACGCAUGCAGACACAAUAUUAGUAUUUAUGAAUCUAUAUCUAAGUUUGGAACAUGUAUUUGGUUUAUUUUUGCUCUUAUUUAUUGAUUUAUUUUUUAACUAUGACAUUCUGUUGUAGUGGUCUGUCAUGCUCUUCUGGUCUUACGUUGUAUUGUAAAGAGAUGAUUAUACGUCCAUAAAUAUUGAUGAACCCAUAAUAAAAUUAAAUAUCAACUCUUC